CCCUACAAUAUAGAGACACUUGAAACUUAAAACCUGCGCAGUGUGUUUCAUUAAGAUUCAUGUCUCUCGCUCGAUGAUUCUUGUUCUUUCCCUCUUUUUGAAAUGCUGACUGAACCAAAACACACAAGACCCCUCUUCUCUCUCUCAUGGAUUCUCUCGUUUCUCUAACACCCAAACUCCGAUCAUUCAAUUGUCAACCUCUUUCAACUUCCACCAACUUGUCCCUCAGUCGCAGAACAUGUUAUUCUUAUAAAACUCCUCCUCCUCCUUCAAAAUCCAACCUUAAAGAUUCCGAAAGAAACCCCAUAAGAAAGGUGGCUGCUUUGCGAAGCCAGAAAUGGGUUUCGGAUGGAGGCGUGUGUUACUUGCAGAACGGAGGUUGGGGUACGGCUUUGUUGAGCGUAACGGUGAACGCGAAGCUUCGGAUUAGUCCAUUUGUGGCUACAUUGGCGGGUAACCCAACCUUCGUUUCGGGGUUGCUUGCGUGGUUUAUAGCACAAUCCAUUAAGGUUUUCUUGAAUUUCUUCGUCGAUAGGAAAUGGGAUUUGAGGCUAUUGUUUGCAUCUGGAGGGAUGCCUUCUUCUCACUCCGCACUCUGCACCGCUCUUACCACCUCCGUCGCUCUCUGCCACGGCGUCGCCGAUUCCCUCUUCCCCGUGUGUUUGGGCUUUAGCCUAAUUGUCAUGUAUGAUGCAAUUGGUGUUAGGCGCCAUGCUGGCAUGCAAGCUGAGGUGCUUAAUAUGAUUGUAGCUGACCUGUUCCAAGGGCAUCCAGUUAGUGAAAGGAAGCUCAAGGAAUUUCUAGGUCACACUCCAUCUCAAGUUUUUGCUGGUGCUCUGCUUGGCUUUUUAGUAGCCUGUUUCUGUUGUCAAGCUUGCGUUGUAGGGCUUAGGUGAUUGUGUUGCCAGUUUUGGUCAAACUGUAUUGAUAGCAUACUAUUUGCUCUAAUGCAGCCUUCUGGUCAAACUGUAUUGAUAACAAUACUGUAUUCAAGGACAAAUACAUCAGCAUGAGUAGAAUGUACAUGAGAUUCUUUUUUUCUCCAUUGUCUUACACUGGAAGGCUGAUUAUUAAAUUGCCAUUUGGAAUAAAAUGUCUUGAGACC